AAAGUUCACUCAUUUAGUUAAAUGGGUCUAAAUGGGCGGGUAUCUAUUCAAAAGAAAAUAAACAGGUGUUUAAUGGGCGGGCAGGUGCCCGCCUUAAACCCGCCCAGGUGAAAACAUUCACUAUUCCACGUUCUCUCUCGUUCUCGCGUCUCUCAUUUUCUUCAAAAUCCCACGAUGACGGCAGCAGCUCGAAGAAAACCUCGAGGCGGUGGCGACGUCAUGGACUCGAUCUACUCUGUCGUCGCCCUCGUUCUCAUCCUCGUCGCCUGCGUCGAGCUCGGCGACGCCGCCACCACCGUCGAAGUCUACCGCCUCAUCCAGUACGAUAUCGCCGGAUCUCCCUUCGGAUCGAGGCUCUCCGCCCUCAACCAUCACGCCGGAGCUUCUCCGUUCGAUUCCGGCGUCAAUCUCUCGAGAACCGUGCUGAUCUUGCCUGUUCGGGACUUGAAUCUCACUUCUCUCAAAGGUAGAACUCGUUUACGACCCCGUCUCCGACCUCCACUCGCUCCCCGACCUCUGAGAGAUCGAGCUGCGUGGUUGAUGAGAGGCAAGGAUCGGUUUGUCGACUCCGUUGCUGAGAAUCUCCUAGAUCGCCUACAGAGCAAAUUUUUUUCAGACGUUUGCAGCUCCUUUCACCAAGAGGGGUUUGCUGCUCAAGUUCUUGAUACUCAGAGGAGGCUCCUUGCUCGCGUAUCUCAGCUCCACAGCCUCAGGCGACAUACUGCCCAUUAAGAGAGGGACUCAGCUCCCACCGAAGCUUUAAGGGGAAAUAUUGAGGUCUCUAUGGUUAUUUCGGAUUCUAACCCUUGCUAUGAAGACGCACAUAUGAGGCUUGCUGCAGUACUCUUAAUGUUGCUAUUGAGUCCAACUGAGUGUUAUGUUUGUUUCCUGUUCUUUUCUUUCAUCUGUCAUGAUCUUGUUCAUGCCUGAACAUUUGAAAGAUGGGAAAUAAGUGGACUAUGGUUGUGCUACUAUUUUGUUUAUAGAGUUUAUCAAGUAAUUAAGUAGAUUGUCCUUACUAAUCGUGAUCGUGUUGCUGAUAGUUAUGAUGGCAUUUAUAUCAAGUUAUUGAUCUUAUACAGAUCCUUACAUACCUUGUGUUUUC